UCCAUGGAAUUAACUUUCAAGGAACCUGAACGAAUGACCCUACGCAAGUCAAAAAGAUUACAAGGGACCAUUUCUUAAACUAGUUCUCUUCCCUGCCUUAAUUACCACCAUCGUUGUAGCAUCUUCGGUUUAAUAAAUUAUCUGAUAUGGAUAGAAAGAUGCUUGAGGAAGAGUUUACUAUUGAGGAAAUCAAAGAAGCAGUUUCUUCUUGUGCUAGUGAUAAAGCUCUAGGGCCUGAUGGGUUCACUUUUCAUUUCAUCAGACUGUCUCCCUUUUGGAAAGAUAUCUUGUCUAUUGGCAGGGAUGAUGAAAGAGCUUCUGCAUGUUUUGUUGAUGGUUUUAUUCGAAAGCUGGGUGCUGGUUCACAAAUUAGAUUUUGGAAGGAUGUCUGGCUAGGGAACUCUUCUCUUAUGACUAAUUUUCCUCACUUAUUCAAUCUUACUAGGAGCCAGGAUUCGCUAGUUAUUGACUUAAAGCUAGCUAAUGCAGAUGGAUGGGCUCUUCAAUGGCGCAAGCUUCCUUUUGGCAAGGAACUAGAUGAGCUUGGCGUGCUGGAAAAUAUUCUGGAAAAUGUGUUCAUCCCAUACAAUAAAGUUGAUCAAGUUAUUUGGGAACACAACCUAGCGAGAUACUCUACAAAACACGCCUACAUGUUCCUUAAGCUCUCCCCGACAUGUCUUGAUAAGAGUUGCUGCAAGAUUAUUUGGAGUCCUCUCAUGCCAUCCAAAGUUAGUAUCUUUGCUUGGCGCCUCUUUUUAAAUCAACUUCCUACCAAGGACAACCUUAUUCUUCAUGGAGUCAAUCUUUCAUCCAAACCAAAUUGUGUCCUUUGUGGAGACUACAUAGAGGACCUCAACCACAUCUUUGCCACCUGCCAAUAUUCUCAAAAUAUCUGGAAUCGAAUUUGCAACUGGUGGGGGGUUCAUUUUAUCCCUACUUCAAAUGCUUCCUUGCUAAUUACUGAGCUUUGUUCACUUAUGGAUGCUAAGAAAUCAUGGAACUGUUGGGUACUAUCCAUCCUCACCAUAGCCUGGACAAUCUAGUACUUUAGAAAUGGUAUUGUGUUCAAUAAACUAAUUUGGGAAGAAAACAACAUUUAUGAUCUGGUUCAAGCUAAGACUUUUUGUUGGAUUAAAGGAAAGUCAAAAUCUGCAGUAUUUAGUUUUAGUGAUUGGUGCCAAUUUCCAAAUCUUUGUGUUGAUGGCACUUAUGACAACAAACUGCAACCCUUGUUUUCCCAUUUUUCUUGCAAGGGUUAGUACCCCUUGUACUCAUUUAAAUAAAAAUUUUGAUUCAUA